UCAAUGUUAUCUCGGGGACCGUGCCCUUACGCUACUAUAGCAUGUAUUACCUGUCGAAAAAAACAUAAAAAAUGUUCGGGAGCAGUUACGUGUGCGAACUGUGCAAAAUACAAUCUUAAAUGUAUUUUUAUUAACUCGGGGAAAAAACGUGGACCGAAACCCAAGUCUAAGGCGUACAUCGAUCCAUAUAAUUUAAUGCAGGCUUACUCACACGAACAAGAAGUUCAUCUCAUAUUAUCAGAAUAUUUUAAUAAUUUAAAUCAAGAACCAAGAACGUCACAGUCUAAUAGCUAUAAUGCUAUUACCCAAGAAACAAUCUUCUCUCAAGCAGAUUUAAACGCUGACCAUACCGCAGCUGUAAAUAAUCAAGAUACCAUGCAGAUUACCUUUAUCGAUAACAUGCCACUUUUAUUGCAUAAUAGAGAACUUUCUAAUUUAUUAAACAGUCAAUACAAUGACACGCAAUUAUUCUCUGUGGACCCUACGCAAGAUAAUUCUCCUGCACAAAAUAUUCAUAAUGUGACAUCGGAAUAUUUUAAUACAGUAAUUCAAAAUCAGCUUAGAACGUCACGGCCCAAUGGUUAUCAUACUACUACUCAACAAACAACCUUUUCUGCUCAAGCAGAUUUAAACGCUGACUAUACUACAACUAUAAAUAAUCAGGAUACUAUGCACAUUAAUUUUAUCGAUAACACACCACUUUUAUUGCAUAGUAGAGAGUUAUCUAAUUUAUCAAACAGUCAAUUUUCAUUCGACCUUCUUAAUUCAGACGGUUAUCACGUUCAUCAAUACAAUGGAAUGCCAGUAUCCUUUAUAGGCUCUACGCAAGAUAACUCUCCUGCACCAAAUAUUUAUUUCACAUCAUCAGAAUAUUUUAAUAAUUCCAAUUAA